UGAAGCGCAUAGUUUCGGGCCGCGUACAAGGUGUGCACACGCCGUGUCGUCACGCCCGUCAAUCGUCGCCGUCUCGCGCGUGUGUUCGCGUUCGUCGCCGCCGCCGGACGUCCGCGUGUUUUCGGUCUGCGAUACGCCCUGCGCCGCCUGUCCCCUCCCGAAAAAUCACGACCCCGGGGUCCCGGCGAUCGCCCCCGACGUACUGCGGUCACGCGCGCGCGUUCCCUUUUCGCCGCAACAGGUCGCCGUCGCCGUCCGACUUCGCCGUAACCGUUCGCGGUUCCACCGCCGGUCACGUGCCGACGACGAUGACGCGCUAACAACUGUAUGUCGCACGUGACUCGUCCAGCACAAGCCGCCGCAGACGCCGCAGACGCCCAUCCGAACAAUUCGUCCGGCUAAAUGGACGUGUACGUCUUGUUACAGGAUACCAAAUUAAAACCAAAUACAACGAACAACGGAACGCCGGAAAACGAUGAGUACGAUGACAACGGUGAGGAUGCUUUGACAGCACUGCCACUAUUUUGCAUCGGAUCGUUUCUGAUCGUCGUCAUAUUCCUUUCAAUCGCCGGCAACGUGUUGGUGUGCAUGGCAAUCUACACGGACCGAGGGCUGCGACGUAUCGGCAACCUAUUCCUCGCCUCGUUGGCCAUUGCCGACCUGUUUGUCGGUGCGCUGGUUAUGACGUUCGCGCUGAUCAAUGACCUGCAAGGCUACUGGAUGUUCGGUGCUAAGUUCUGCGACAUAUGGAUCGCCAUAGACGUGAUGUGCUCCACCGCGUCUAUACUCAACCUUUGCGCCAUAUCGCUGGACAGAUACAUUCAUAUUAAAGACCCACUGAGGUACACGACAUAUUUGAACCGGAGGAACGCGCUACUGGGAAUAGCGGGCGUGUGGGCGUUGGCCGCGUUCGUGUCCGUCGUGCCCAUCUGCAUACUGAGUAUACACCGACCGCACAUGCCGGUGGUGUUCCACGCAGGUAACAUGGAGUACAUGACGUGUGCGCUCGACUUGACGCCCACGUACGCGGUGAUCUCAUCGUCCAUCAGCUUCUACAUACCGUGCGUGGUGAUGAUCGGCAUCUACUGCCGGCUGUACUGCUACGCGCAGAAGCACGUGCAGAGCAUCCGAGCGGUCACGCGGCCGCUGACCACCACCGCCGCCACCGCGACCACCACCACCGCCACCACGGCGUCCACCACGCUUACCGCGGUGCACCACCACACGUCACCGUACCACGUGAGUGACCACAAGGCGGCCAUCACCGUGGGCGUGAUCAUGGGCACGUUUCUGCUGUGCUGGGUGCCGUUCUUCUGCGUCAACAUCAUCGCCGCGUUCUGCAAAACGUGCAUACCCGAAGCCGCGUUCAAGGUUCUCACGUGGCUCGGCUACUCCAACUCCGCAUUCAACCCCAUCAUCUACUCCAUAUUCAACACCGAGUUCCGGGACGCGUUCCGCCGUAUACUCACCACCCACUAUCCCGACUGGUGCUUCUGCAAAGGUUACCGAUCCAUGGUGCUCAAUUCGGACGCGUCCGUCCGGCACCAUCAUCGCCACCGGAAGGCCGCCGGAUGCGGCUACGGUAGCGGCGAUGGUGGCGGCGGUGGUUAUGGCGGUGGUGGCUGCGAUUUCGUGUCGUCCGCCUCGGUCACGGCCGUCAUCACCGCGUCUGCCGCGAUCAAGCAGAACGGCAAAGCGACCGCUGCUACCGCCUACGGAGGCGGCGGCGGCAUUCUACCGGCCACCAGUCCCAGGUCUUCGGUGGCGUCGCUCCGUCAAUCGCGGCUCAACUCGACCGAGAAAAUCAUCAUCGAAGCUGACCAAGACACAAACAUCAUCUGACUGCCUCCCGACCGGCUACGCGACGUCGUCAUCAUACCUCGUUUCGCCGUCGAGUAUCUCGUCUGAAUCACCGAAACCCGCAUCCUCCCGUUGCCAUUCACACCUGAAUAGAUACUCCGGCGACGAGCUCGGCUAUCCCAUUAUUGCGAACCAGUCCGUACAAGUCCUACCGCUAUGGGUGCACUCUCCUCCCUCGGUACCCAUUCGUAUCCCUGUGACCCGAGACACGUUCUUCUUUCGGUUUUCUAAAGGUUUUUUCGCCGUCUCGGUCUCCGGUCACAAGCACAGCGGUUCGUUUAAAAGGUUCACUGUAAUGUCGUUGCUGUUGACAUGAACAUCGCGUCUAAACCCAUAGGAUACAUUAUCAUAAUGAUUCUUUUUGACUAUGUUACGAUAUUUUUUUUUACAACCGAAUUCCUUAUUUUCUACGCUUACGGUGUUUCUCAUUACAAUAAUUCUUCAAUUAUUGAUAUUCAUGUGAUAUAAGUGUUGUACAGUGUUGCGGAAGAUGUUUUCGCUUCGAUUUUGCACCGCGGGUGUGGAAAAAAGUAAUCAAAUAAUAACAUAUACAAAUCUAAAAAAAACUGUAUUUCUACGGAAUAAUGACCAUUUACGGCUUGUUUCCGAAUACAAGAACACAAGAACUGGAUUUGUUUAACAAGAACAAUCGUGUUAAAUGUGAGAAAAACAAAACAUAAUUGAUUUUUAGCCCAACGAAUAAAAUUAAUUAUUCUGUUCUAUACAAUAUGUUACUAUCACUCUAUAUUGUACAUGUGAUCUAAAACGAGCAUUUUAAUACUAUUUCCCACUCCCUAUUCCCCCUACAUCAAUACCGUGUAUGAUUCAAAACACAGAGGGACUUAUACAUAUAUACAUAUAUAUAUAACAAUAUAUUAUUCAUAAGUACGGUUAGGUAGAAUACUAAUAGAGAUUAUAUAUAUAUAUAUAUAUAUAUAUUUACAUCUACUUUGCUCCAAACUUCUAUAUUAUAUAUCAGGGGUGGCCAAACUGCGGCUCGCAUCUUAUCGUGAGAUACAAAACAU